GAUCUACAUACAAUCGAUUUGGAGGACUUCAAGUUUGGUAAGACAAAGAUCAGUUCCUUCCGGAUGGUUGACUCGUCGAGUCAGGAGCUCCAGUCCCUCUUAGAUGACUGGGCACUGCUAUCAUCGCGACUGGGCGUCAGGCGCUCCAAAGCGCCCGAAAGUAUUUCGACUGAAUCGGCGCUUAUCUACGAUGGCGUGAAGCUAUUGGCUACGGCUAUACAGGACCUGGAUCAAAGUCAGACCGUGGAGAUCCAGUCGAUAUCGUGCGAGUCGGCCAUUCCCUGGGAAAAGGGCAGUUCGCUAAUCAAUUACAUGAGACCAGUAAUU